AUGAAAACUUCGUCAUCAAGCUCAUUGAGCAUAUCGAGAUCAAGUAAUUUGGAGUCACCUUCAAUGUCACUGAUUUCAAGCAAAAUAUCCAAUGAAGAUUCCAAAAAUAAACCUGAAACUGAAACAGAAUCAAAAGUUGAAACAAAAGGAAGUAAGCAUGAAGAUCGGUCAAUAACAGAAACUUCCGACCAACUGGCAAAACAAGAGCAAGAAGGACAAGGACGUUCCCAAAACGAACCAAAACAAGAGUUGAUUCAAAGUUUGAAUAAAUAUGUUUUCAACACGCAAUGUGGUAAUGGACAAACUUUCAAUAAUUUCCCAAUUAUUGUUAGAAUUCCUAUUAACGAUAAACAAGGUAGGCAAGAAAUUGAGAAUUUUGUUUCUGGAUGUUCAGGAAUAUCAGCAGUCUAUCAUCAUCAAGAGAAGAAAGAAAUUGAUAAGGCGGUGGAGUUUUUCAAUAUAGGAUUCACUACAAAGAAGGAAUUGGAUGAUUUGAUUUAUAAAUUGUACCAAGAACAAAUUGUUUAUGAAUUGGAUUAUUCAAAAUUUAUAUCGCAUCCAGGGAUUCUUUUCAUUAAAAAUUUAUCAAGCAAUUUGAUGUUUGAUAAUAACUAUAAUCAUAAAGAAGACAGAACAGAAGACGACUACGACGACGACCAAGAGGAAACAGAAACAGAGUCAAUUACCAUUGUGGAAUCUACUGAACCCAAGCAUAAAUUGUUUGAAUUUUUAAUGGAUAAUUCAUAUUUUAAAUCAUUACAAGAGGUGAAAAUUUUCAAUAAUGAUAAUAACAAUAUUUCUACCAUACCUUUAUCAUCAUUUGCCAUUGUUAAAUUUUCUAAUCAUUUGGAUGUUGAUAUUUUAAUUAAAAAAUAUAACAAGUAUGUCCCCAAUAUUUUCAAUAAUAAUACCAAUAUUCCAUUGUUUCUUAAUAAAUAUCUUAAUCGAAAAGAAAGAUUUGUGUUCCCAGGAGCACCAAAUUUGGCCAAUACUACCAAUAACACAACUAAUAGUAGUGGUGGUACUAGUAGUACAGGAACAACAACAACAACAAACACAACAAUUAGCCCUACAAGAUCAAUGGAUAAUUUUAAUCUUAUUAUUGUUGAAAAUUUACUCAAUUUUUUACCUCGAAUAAAAUUGAAUGAAGAAGUAUUUAAUGGGUUUAUAAAUAAAUUUAAUAGUUUUGGUAAUUUAAUUGAUCAAAUUUAUUUCCCACUUUCAGAUAAGGGAGCAAACUUGGAAGAAAUUAAAACUUUGGAUUUUGGAUUCAUUAGAUUCAAACAACUAGGUAGUAACAACAACAAUAAUGGCAACACAAAUAUAAUGGAAAAUACUUUACGAAUAUUGUAUUAUUUGAAUGGAUUGACUUGGGAAGAAUUUAAUCAAUUGGAUGUAAACAAUUUACGUUCAUUUUUACAAGAUGCCAAAUUUGAACAGCGCGAGCUACCAAGUGAAGAAGAAGAAAACGAAGAAAAUGAGACAAACAAUACUACUACUACUACUACUAAUGAUGAUGAUAAUGAUCAAGGUUCAAAUCAAGGUAAACUCUCAAUUACAAUUGCUCAACAUAAGCAUAAUCAUUAUUUGUUUGCUCAAUCUAAUAGUUUAUAUUUAUCAAUGGGGAAAGAUUCUAGUAUUUCCAUUAGUUUCCCAAAUCCGGUUUUCACUAUUAAUCAAUUUUCACGAAGUUUAAAUUAUCAAGAAACAAAUAUUUAUGUAAAUAAUUUGCCCAUUGUAUUUAAUAAUGAUGAUUGUACAUGGGAAUCAUUUUGGGGUCAAUUUGGAAUUAUUAAAUCGGCCAAAAUUAUUAAACCUCAAUUUUAUCAUGAAUAUGAAGAUGAUCAUAAAUCAGGUAAAAUUGGAUUUGUGUUUUACAAGACAUUUAAAAUGGCCAUUAGAGCUAUAUUAAUGACAAAUAAUAAAGUGGUUAAUGUUGGUCAUUAUAAUCCUAUUGUUAUUCAAUCUUCAUUUGCUAUUCAAAAAUCAAAUUCAAAUAAAGAUUCAAAACAACAACAACAACAUAAUCAUCAUAAUAAUUUAUCUAUUACUAAUCCUAAUCAUAUGGUGGUGGGGUCCAACAAUACUGUAUCUGCAACGGCUGCAGCAGUAGCGGCAGCGGCAACAGUGGCAAAUCAAUCGUAUUAUACUUAUCAACCAAUGUUGCCUUAUUAUUAUGGUUAUCCUGCAACUCCUUACCAAUUUGCCAAUGUAUUACCUGGUCCACCACCACCACCACCUCCACCACAUCCCCACCCACUUCCUGGUGCUGCUGGUUCUGCUGGUUCUGCUAAUUCCGUAACUGGUGAUAAUAAUAGAAAUACGGCAAUGUCUGCUGCUGCUACUGCUGCUACUACUACCGCGUAUUCAAAUUAUUUGAUACCAGCAAGAGGUUAUCCAUAUUAUUAUUUCAAGUUGGGUGUGGAUAAAUCAAACAAAGAGUAA